AUGGCAGGAAGUCAGGAACAGUCAAGCCGACACGAUGAUAGACUGGGGGCGGACUUAAGAAACCAAUUGAAUCGAAGAAACACUCGGAGCCGGGAAAAUGAGACGACGCCGCCGCCCACACCACCGAUAAAUCAACAGCCGCCUCAGGUGCAGCUCACCCUGGAGCAACUACACGCGAUCGGGCGUGCCUUCGCCGAGGCGAGUCGAGGAGUAAGAGAACAGUCUGCCACUCGUUUGCCGCAACGCAAUCAGCAGCCGUCUCAUGGGCCCGAUGAUCGGCAACAGAACCGCCGAGCCGAGAGCCAGCCGACUGCACGCGAGGAAAAUCGUACCAGAAGAACUAGGACUGAGGCUCGCCGUAUAGAGCAGCCCGUCCGCAACCGCGACGAACCGGCCAGGUCGGAGGUCGGUGAGAGCACGGAAUCAACAGGAAAUCAUACCCGGGAGAGGGUCGAGGUGGCAAACUUAGUCCAAGAAGUGCGAAAUCUGAGAGAGCAGGUAGAGGGAAAAGCCAAAUCCCCAGGACGUACGCUAUUAACCGACUUGCCCUUCUCGGACAAGAUCAUGACCUUUAAGAUACCGAGUGAUUUCAAAUUCCCGGAGCAAGCCACGUUCGAUGGGUCUGGCGACCCUCGAGAACAUUUGCUGAGCUACCAAGCCAAGAUGCAGGUCUUGGGAGUUCAAGACCCGGUCAUGUGCCGCGCUUUUCUGCCCACAUUAAAAGGCCCAGCACAAAGGUGGCUGGUGGCACAGCCGUCGGGGUCGAUUCGUAGCUUCGAAGAGCUAGCGGACCGCUUUAUGGGCCAUUAUGCCGCUAAUAUCAGGCCACAAAAGGACUUGACACACCUAGGCGACAUUCAUCAGGAUGAGGGCGAGUCCUUAAAAACCUAUCUGCUAUACCGAGAUCUGCGAGACAACCGCCCGGCUACCUACGCGGAAGCCAUCCAUAUGGCCAACAGGAGGGCCAACACAGAGCAGGCUAUAAAACACAAACGGCAGCGCGAAGUCGGCGGGUCCGCCAAUGGAAAGAGAACGCGAGCCGAAACCAAGGAAAGGCACCCGGACGCGACCCGACGAUCCGAAAUCAGGCGACCAUACGACAGGCCCGCCGUACACCCCUACCGACCAGCUCCCGAACGGCCGGUGCAUGAAAUACAAGCGGUCGCCCCGCCUCCGCCUCAGCCGAUUGAUGACCGCAUCACCAGCGAGGAGACAGGGGACGAGGAUCCCGCCGUCGCCGCCGAGAGCAAUCGGGGCAAGCAGCUUGCUUCUGAAGAAGAUGAGGCUCAGUGGCGUCAAAAGCCGGUUAUCAACAUGAUUGUUGGCGGGCCGGAAGGUGGUGACUUAGCGAAUACUCGAAAGGCCUGGGCCCGACAGCUAUACGUCGGGACAGUAUAUGGGCGCGAGGAGAAUUCCAAGAAGGCGUGCCGAGAGCCCAUCAUCUUCACCGAUAAGGAUUUACCGGCUGGAGAGACACCGCAUCGAGAUGCGUUGGUUAUAGCCAUGGACAUCAAGGGGGUAGUCGUUCGCCGAAUCCUGGUCGAUACCGGGAGUAACAUUAAUGUGUUAUACCUGGAAACCUUCAUGAAAAUGGGGUUGACCCGAGAUAAGCUGAAUCCCGUCAAAACUCCACUCGCCGGUUUCACAGGGGAUUCGGUGGAAGCCGAAGGAUCCAUCACUCUGCCAGUUGAGAUUGGCAAUUACCCAGACGUACAGAAACUCAGUAUGAAAUUCAUCGUUGUAAAUCUGGCCUGCUCGCAUAAUGAUAUACUCAUCCGACCAGGUCUAGAGGAUCUAGGAGCUCUGAUUUCAAUCGAGCACCUCUGCCUGAAAUUCCGCACGCCAAAUGGAAUAGGUACGGUGCGCUGCGACCGGAAGGUCGCCCGCGACUGCUACCUGCAAGCCUGCCGAGGAAUGGGCAAGCAAGGGAUGCAGGACCAUGAGAUCACGGAAAGACCCCCAAAGAAGACAAUGAUACCUCGCCCCGAGCCGGCUGUUGAACUGGAGGAAGUCGAGAUUGAUCCUGAACAACCGGACAGGCAGGUCCGAAUCGGAGUUGGUCUCCCUCAGAAGGUAAGAGGAGAAAUCAUAAAAGUGCUAUGGGAACACCGGCUGGUUUUCGCCUGGGGUCCAGAGGACAUGCCCGGUGUCGAUCGAUCCGUUAUAUCACACCGACUCGCUGUAGACCCCGAGCAUCGACCAGUCGUACAAAAGAAGCGGUACCUGGCCAACGAUCGGAGAGAAUUCGUAAAAAAGGAGGUAAGCACGCUGCUAACGGCCGGACAUGUCCGAGAGGUCAAGUACCCGGAGUGGCUGGCAAACGUGGUUCUUGUACAAAAACCCCCAGCGUGGCGGAUGUGCGUCGAUUAUACCGACCUCAAUAAGGCUUGCCCUAAGGACCCGUUCCCAUUGCCGCGAAUUGAUCAGUUGGUUGAUGAGACCGCCGGAUCAGCCUUGCUGAGUUUCAUGGACGCCUUCAGGGGGUACCAUCAGAUCUUCAUGCACUCGGCGGACGAAGAAAAGACCGCGUUUCUAACACCGGAUGGGGUCUAUUGCUAUCGAGUCAUGCCCUUCAGGCUUAAGAAUGCUGGAGCCACUUACACGCAAAUGGUGGCCCGACUGUUCCAGCACUUGCUGGGAAAAUCAAUGGCCGCGUACGUCGAUGACAUGCUCGUCAAGAGCCGAGAAGAGAGCAAGCAUGCGGAAGAUCUGGCCGACUGUUUUAAAGUGAUGAUAAGAUACAAUCUCCGGUUGAAUCCCAAGAAGUGUGUUUUCGCCGUGCAGGGUGGAAAGUUCUUGGGCUAUAUGGUCACAAAGCGAGGUAUUGAGCCUAACCCUGAGAAGGUGCAGGCCAUCAUCGACAUGCAGCCUCCCAGCACCGUAAAAGACCUGCAACGGUUGACUGGCCGACUGGCCACCCUUAGCCGCUUCCUGAGCAAAGCGGCGGAUAAGACUGUGCCUUUCUUCGAGGCCAUGAAGAAGAAGGAAGGAUUUGCCUGGACCGCCGAGUGUCAGCAGUCGUUCGAAGAGCUGAAGCAAUAUCUUUCAACACCUCCGGUAUUGUCUACUCCCCAGGCCGACGAGCCCUUACUUUUGUACUUAGCCGCCUCCUCUAAGGCGGUGAGUUCGGUGCUAGUCCGAGAAGAGGAGCGCGUUCAGCACCCGGUUUAUUACGUAAGCCGCUCCCUGAAGGCCGCCGAGUCACGGUACACCGCCCUGGAAAAGAUUGUAUACGCGUUGGUGAUCACCGUGCGGAAGCUAGCACCAUACUUCCAAGCUCACACCGUCCGAGUGUUGACUGACCAACCGCUGGGGAGCGUCCUGCGAAACCCCUUGUCAUCCGGCCGACUAGUGAAAUGGGCCGUGGAAUUAACCCAGUAUGGGAUUAAGUACCAGCCCCGGCCUUCUAUAAAAGGUCAAGCCUUGGCCGACUUCUUGGUCGAGUGCACGGCGAGCGAAGAAGAGAAGGAACACGCCACUGAGACCAAUUUAGGCGAGUGGUGGGAAAUACACGCGGACGGAGCAUCGAGUCGACGACAUUGCGGGGGUGGAAUUAUGCUCAUCACCCCGGAGGGAUUCCAACUGUACUACGCCUUAAGCUACUUGUUCCCGACAUCCAACAACGAAGCCGAAUACGAAGUUGUGCUAAAUGGUCUCCGACUCGCCAAGACCCUAGGAGUCGAGCGAUUGAGAAUCAAGACUGACUCCAGGUUGGUAGUUGGGCAAAUAUCCGGCGCGUGUGAUGCUAAGAGCCCGCGAAUGACUUUAUAUAAAGAGCGGGCGGUCGAGAUGUUAAAAGAGUUUGGAGCCUACGAAAUAGAAUAUAUCGCCAGGGCAGACAACGUAGAAGCCGACAUAUUGUCUAAGAUUGUCUUGGAGGGAGUACCGGACCACCUUGUGAAGAUCUGCCAGAAGGAGGAGCUGGAUCGACCGAGUAUCGAGGAAACGACAUUAGAAGUCCAGCAGGUGACUGGCAAGGAAUGGGACAGGGAGAAAAACCCCGAGAUGUUCUGGAUAGAGGACAUUCGGCGAUUCAAAGAAGCAAGCGAAUUACCGGAAGAUCCGGGGGUCGCCGCUAAGGUCCGACGAAAAGCCCCCUCUUUCGAAAUUAUUGAUGGACAACUGUACAAACGGUCAUUCGGAGGUCCUUUGUUGAGAUGCUUACUCAGGCCCGAGGCCGAAAAAAUAAUGGACGAGGCUCAUAGAGGCAUCUGCGCCGCGCACCAGGGCGCCCACACGCUCACCCGCAAGUUAGUCGUCCAGGGGUAUUAUUGGCCGACUAUGAUGCGAGAUUGCAUCGAGUGGAUAUCCAAAUGUGGCAUUUGUCAGGCGUUCGCCAGAAAGGACACUCAGCCGGCUACCUUCUACACGCCAGUCACCACGGCUAUCCCAUUUGCUAAGUGGGGAAUCGACUUAUUGGGGCCAUUACCGGCAGCCCCCGGGGGCCUGAAAUUUUGUGUCGUGGCUAUCGACUACUUCACCAAGUGGGUUGAUGCUGAAUCGUUGGCCACUAUCACCGAGUACCAAUGCCGACGCUUCCUAUGGAAGAGGGUGAUUUGCCACUUCAGCUUACCCGAGCAUAUUGUCAGCGACAAUGGGCGACAGUUCGACUGCCAGGCGUUUGCUGACUUCUGCCGCCGACACGAUAUCCGCCAUACCAAGGUAUCCGUGGCGUAUCCGCAGGCCAACGGGCAGGUCGAAAAUGUGAAUCGGACCAUAGUGGAUGGAAUCCGAAAGAAAUUGGAAGACAUAAGAGGAAAUUGGGCGGAUGAGCUCGACUGA